AUGAACUCCCCCGUACUGUACAUAGUGCUGGUGCUAGCCCUGCUGCUGUACCUGCUCGUACGCCACAUUGUCUAUCGCCUGAAUGCACACCCGCUGGCCAAUUUCCCCGGUCCCAAACUUGCUGCGGCGACCUUCCUGUAUGAGUUCUACUACGACGUCCUGAAAAGAGGCAUGUAUCUCUGGGAGAUCGAGCGCAUGCAUGAAACCUACGGUCCCAUUGUACGCAUCAACCCCCGUGAACUGCACAUCAAGGACCCGUCCUUCUACGAGGACAUACACGCCAGCAGUUCUUACAAACGAGCCAAAGACCCCCGGUAUGCCGUGGCCUACGGCUCCCCGAACUCGCUCGUCCAAACCAUCCACCACGACCACCACCGUCUUCGUCGCAGCUUUCUGAGCAACUACUUCUCGCGCCGCUCGGUAGCAAGUCUGACGCCGUACAUCCACGAGAAAGUCGACCAGCUCAUCCACCGCUUCGAAAAGGCCUGUCACAAUGACACCGUGCUACACUUGCAGCUAGAUUUCGCGGCACUGACUGCCGACGUGAUCACGCACUACUCCUACGGCUGGAGCUACGGAUACCUGGAUAAUGAGAGUAGCUCCCGCAGCAACGAUCUCGUUGAUGCGGUCAACGGUGUCAUGUCCAUGUUUCACAUCAAUCGCUUCAUGCCGUUCCUGAUCACGGUUUUCCGUGCUGCGCCGCCGGCCCUGUUGCGCUGGUUGCAGCCGAACAUGGCUGAUUUGUUUGAUUUGAAGGCGAAACUGCGUCAACAGGCAAUGGAUACGAUCCAGAAGAAGAUGGUUGAGAAGGUGGAUGUCGAUGCUGGAGGUGGCGGCACCAUAUUCGACUCGCUGAUUAGUUCGGAUGUCCCCGCGCAGGAGAGAACGCUGGACAGGUUGGAGGAUGAGUCUGCUUUGCUGUUGGGUGCUGGUACGGAGACCACGGCUAGAGCGAUUACGGUUGCCAUGUUUCAUCUGAUGAGCCGUCCGGGGCUUAUGCAUACACUGCGCGAGGAGCUGAAGACAGUGCUGUCGACGCCUACCUCCAAGGCCUCGUGGACUGAUCUGGAGAAGCUGCCGUACCUGACCGGAGUAGUGAACGAAGGUUUGCGUCUAGCACACGGCAUGACAGCUCGUCUGGCGCGCAUUUCGCCGACCGACCCUCUCUUCUACAAGGACUGGGUCAUACCUGCAGGUACACCCGUCAGCCAGUCCAAUUACUUCGUACACAUGGACUCGACCCUAUUCCCUCAUCCGGAAACGUUUGAUCCCGAGCGCUGGAUCCGCGCAGCAGAAAGAGGUGAGUAUCUGAGUCGAUUUAUUGUCGCGUUCACCAAGGGGAGUCGGCAGUGUCUCGGAAUCAAUCUCGCCUACGCAGAAAUCUACCUCGCUCUAGCGCACGUCGUGCGCCGAUUCGACUUCGCGCCGUAUGACACGACCGUUGCAAAUGUUAGUGUUUGGCGUGAACUGGGGAUUGGAUAUCCGAAGGAGGGUCGCUUUGGGGUUCGGGCGACUGUGUCAGCCAUUGUAGAGGAUUGA